AUGCCUCCUGCGAAACGCAGAAAACUUUCAGACGACGAGGAAUCUGCCACUGACCACAGUUCGGCCGACGAAGCCUCCUUGUCAGGUGCUUCAGUUGCGAGUUCUGCGGAAGAGCAUUCUGGGGACGAGAAUAGCGAUGACAGUGGGAUGGAUACAGCGGAGGAGAUUGAAGAUCUCAAAAGACAAAAAUCCAAGAAAACGAUGAAACGAAAAAUUCGCGCUACCGCCCCGUCGACGUUCGGGACGACGCUGCAGAAUCUACUCCAGACAGAAGCACCUUCAUCACUUCCUCUAUCGCUAAAACCUUCAAUAGCAAGGAAACAGCAAGACUCAAAACUCGAAUUGAAAGCGAAAAGGGCCCUCCAAAUAGAGAGGAAGGAAAAGGAAGACAACCGGAGGAUAAAGGAUGUCAUUGGCGGGUGGGGCGGAGAGAGCGAGCGUGCGCUCCGCAAAGUGGCCCAGCGUGGAGUCGUGAAAUUGUUCAAUGCGAUUCAACAAUCGCAGGCUACUGUUGCAGCAGUAGCAGAGGAGGCCAAGGCUUCAAAGGGUACCGGCAAACCAAGGCUGCCUGCACCCCAGUUUGAGGAGAAAGGGAAGAAGAAGGGCAAGAAGAAGGACAAUGUGAUUGGGAGAGGGAAGGAGACAACUGUAGAUAAGGACGAGUUCUUCAAUAUGAUUAAAUCAGGUGGUAUAGUCUCCAAGGCGUAA